UCAGUCAGUGUAAGCCAUUAUUACAAUUCGAAUUUUGGAGAAUUUUACAUCUCUACUAGAAAAAUUUCUUUAAAAAAUCUUUAUAUAUUGUAACGUUUUAUAAAUUUUAAUAAAUUUACAAGUUUGGUUACAUUAAACAGCGAGUGUUCAGAGGUUUUACAUUAAAGUAACAGAAGAUAACUAUCAAUAUGAGUAGAUCCACUUCUGUCAGUGCUCAGUAUGUGCCUCUUUUGGACAGCGAUAAGAAGUCGCCUCGUUUCCUGUUAAAUUGGGUCUAUGAUGAACUCGGUAUUCAGCUCGAGGAUCUCAGCGAGAUGAAGACCGGCACCAUCUACUGUCAAUUGGUGCACAAACUCUUUCCCCAAGUGAUGGAUCUGAAGAAGGUGAUCUUCAAUUGCACUCUGCCCGUUGAGAUCGAUAGAAAUUUUUGCCUAUUGCAUCUUGCACUUGCCAAGCUACGCACCUUUCGGGAUGCAGCGCAGCAGGAGUGCAUUAAAAGGUUGACCAACAAGUUUAUGCUCUGGUUUCAUAAAUUUUACAUGCUCAACAAGAAGAACGCGGAAGAACGAAUCGGUAGAAAGUCGUAUCCUUUAACGAACGCACAAGUGAAACGCAGCAACAGCAUCGUGAUCCCUUCCAAGCCAGCAGAUCAGCAGGGAUCACACAAAGUACGUGUGGCGCCGCGUUCACAGAGUCUGGUCAAUAGGCCGGAGAUGCGCAGACGUAAUACACCUGCAGCUGAGCCUUGCAUGAUGGAUUUCGUCUCGAGGAUUCCAAAGCCCCAUUUGACCAAUUGGCAAAAAGUCAAGACUGACUCCAUGGGAAACAUCUAUCAGAUGUUGGACGGCAUGCUGCAGAGCUCCUCGACAUUCGCCUCGUCCAUGCCGAAGUUGGAUGUCAAUCCUGGGCCUCCGGAAUUCGACACAUCAUUGAAUGAGGCAUCAAAAGAUCCCAAAUUGAUCCUUUUCAAUAAAUUGCUGACAGAGAAAUCCAUUUCACAGAAAGAGUCUGCAAAUAAUGAUGCUCCAAAGCAGGAAGAGUUCUCAAAUAAAAAUCAUUCUAAGCAGGAAUCUGUAAGCAAUAGUGCUUUAAAGCUGGAAGUAUGCUCAAACAACGAUGAUUCUAAGCAGAAGUGUUUAAAUAAUAAUGCUCCAAAGUAUGAAGAGGUUUCAAAUAAUAAUGGUCCAAAGCGGGAGUCUCCAAACAGUAAUAAUUCUAAGCAGGAAUCUUUAAGCAAUGAUGCUUCAAAGCAAGCCUCCUUAAACAAUGAUGCUUCAAUGCAGGAGUCCUCAAGCAAUGAGGAUCCAAGGCGAAAGUCUCCAAACAAUGAUGCUCCAAAGCACCAGGAGUAUUCAAAGAUUGAUGCUUCAAAGCACGAGGAGUUUUAAGGACGCUUGCUUUGGAGCAUCUUUAUUGGAAGUCUUCCAAUAAAGAUGCUCCAAAGCAAGCGUCCUUAAACAAUGAUGCUUCAAAGCAGGAGUCCACAAGCAAUGAUGCUUUAAAUCAGGAAGAAGCUUCAAAUAAUAGCGUUUUAAAGCAGGAGCCUUCAGAAAAAGCUGCUUCAGAUAAAGUGUCACCAACGACAGAAGUCGCUGCGAUCGAUCCCAGGAUCAGCAGAGAGCACCUGGACUCCAUUGUAAAAACGCUGCUCUCCUCUGCUGCUGAUGAUGAUGGCCACAAUGACGCCAUUUUUGAGCUGAAUAAUCGGAAUAAUAGACUUGAGGAGAUAGUCAAUCAGAUAAGGGGCUACGUUGCCGACACAUCGCUAAAUUCCAAUAAGAUAUUGUAUAAGACCCGCAAGACUUUGUACUUGUAUUAUAAGAGCAUGCCUGGGCUGGAUCACGAAUUUUAAGCACCGCAGCAAUUCUUCGUUUAUUCAAGUUCUUCUUCUUA